UCACACCCUUCACAAUCUCCCAGGUCGAUCGUGAUUAGAAAAAGAUUUGCAUCAUGAAAAGAUCUUGCAGUAUAGUCACAAUCCUAUACGUAGCCACCACGGUGAGGGCUUUUGCUCCCGCCCCACUGGUACAAUCAAGCUGCUUCUUCCAGAGACAACCCACUACAACGGCCCGCUUUGUUUCCGGCACGGCACCACCUUCGAGCAAUGUCGCCUCGGAAGAAAAGGUGGACGCCAUUUCUGAAGCGCACCGGCUCAAAGUGCUGAUUGCUGGCGCCGGAGUUGGUGGUCUUUCCUUGGCCAAGGUUUUGACCAAGAUGCCCACCAUGGAUGUUACCGUACUGGAACAAACGUCCGAAUUCAAACGGUUCGGUGGACCCAUCCAGCUCGCUAGUAACGCAAUGGAAAUUCUCAAACACAUGGACAAGCCAGUAUUCGACAAAGUCAUGGAGAAAUUUACCUUCACCGGUGACAAAGAAAACGGUAUUAAGGAUGGUAUUCGGACGGAAUGGUACGCCAAGUUUGAUCUCAAAACGCCGGCAGAAAAUCGCAACAUGCCGUAUACGGGUGUCAUAGAGCGACCAGAUUUGCAACAGAUUUUUUUGGACUCUUUGCCCAAAGGAACCGUUAAGAACGGCGAUGGCGUGGCUCGCUAUGAAAAAUUGCCCGAUGGCGGCGUCAAGGCGGUACUCAAGUCCGGGAAGGAAGUCUACGGAGACGUCUUAAUCGGGGCGGACGGCAUUUGGAGUGCGGUGCGGGCUACUAUGCGGGAUAGUCCAGCCAAAGGCGACGGUAGUGGUGCCACCUACUCGGGGUACACGGUUUUCGCUGGCGAAUUGGCGUACGAUUCCUUCGACAAUGGUCAAGUUGGGUACAAAGUGUACAUAGGACCAGGCCAAUACUUUGUGAUUACGGACAUUGGCAACGGCAACUACCAGUGGUACGCAUUUUUGGCACGACCCGCGGACAGUGCCUCCUCUACUGACAUGCCCGACGGUCAAUCCAAAUACUUACAAGAAAUUUUCGCGGGCUGGUCAGAGGAAGUUCACCACAUCCUCAGGGCUACUCAGGAGCAUGAAAUUGAACAGCGCGACUUGUACGAUCGUCCGCCGUCGGCCAUGAAACCAUGGACGGAUGGACCGGUGGCGUUGUUGGGAGAUGGCGUACACGCCAUGAUGCCCAACUUGGGGCAAGGUGGAUGCCAGGCGAUCGAAGAUGCUUUUGUCAUUGGACAAGAGCUCGGUUCAGCAACGAAGCGCAGUCAAAUUGUUGACAAGCUUCGUGAGUACCAACAGCGUCGUUUGAUUCGCUCGGCGGCCGUCCAAGGUUUAUCUCGUUUUGCCUCGGAUAUCAUCAUUCGUGGUUUCGAUACGCCAGCGAAAAUUUACCGUGACGAAAAUGGCAAAUUUCAGUUCGAAAAUUGCAAUUAUGCUGGAAUCGUUACCAAAAUUCUUCAACCGAUUCUGCCUAUCUUUUUUUCGGUUCAAUUCGCUUUUUUGUACGAUGGUUGGAAGAACGACAAGCAGAUCGAUUUCAAGGCUUUCCUCGGUUUUUCUGUGCUGGGUGGACUGAUCGUUUCUCUGGUCCUAUUUGAGCUUGCUGAAGCUGGUCUGGGCAUAGGCUUGGGUGCCGAAGCAUUGUUGGGGGCGGAAGGUCUGUUGGAUUUUGGAGGUAUUUCUGCCGCCAUUCAAGACUUCUUUCUUGGAGGUGGCGCAGCCGGUUUGUAAACGACUUUGCUCAAUACAAAAUGCAUUAUUUUCUCCUUGAGCUAGAUGAUUUGAUUUCUAGCUUACUUUUUUCACAUUCAGAUGGAGGAAGCUAUCAGACUAACAAGCACAACAGCAUUAACUUCUAGAUGCAAGCCUAGCAAAUCCU